ACAGGUUGUGUCGUCACCACAACAACCUGUUGCCGGGAAAUAGAAACUCAUUGAUUACUCAAGGCGUUCAGGGGGUGGGUCAUCGGCGACGACCCCGAAGACGAUGGAGCUCGCCAGACGUCCUUCGGAUGUUCCCGAAAGUUCAUGUGCUGCUGCCAGCUCGCCCUCGCAAGACACCCCGCAACAUUAAAUGGACGAGGAGUCGGAUGAAGAAACAGGGAAAGACAAAUGGGUUCGUAAAUUGGAUUCGAAGUUCUUGGCGACACCUGGGCACAUCCGGGGCGAAGGCUCUUGCGAUGUGAAUGUGGGGCGGGAAGCUGGUGGAGGUGGCGAAGCCCGGUUGAGGGGCGAUGGAGAAUAUGACGAAGAUGAAGGCGAGUGUGGCAGUGGCGAGCAGCGAGAAAACGUUGGAGGUGGGGCAGUCCAUUGCGAUGGAACGGCGGAGCAAAUGGAGUGGGACAGAGUUGCGGCGAGUGGUGGGGUGGAAUAUGGCGGUCAGGGUGGUUCGGAAAUGGAAGACGGGGAAUUGGAAGACAAAGGAGGAGAUCCUGGUGUUUCCGCGGGACUGACUUCCAAGAGGGGGGGAAAACGCACAGCGGAAGAGUCGCCGACGCCAGCUGCGCCUAAGAAGCAGGCUCGAAGGAAAGAUGUGGAUGAAGCUCGGGUCGCCUUGGAUGCAUCUCAAGGGACGCUUGAUGAACCCGAUGUGAAACGCAAAUCAAGUGCUCGGAUUCGCAAAAAAUCGCAACUCAAGAAUCAUGUGCGGCCAUCAAGGCGCCAAAAAUCAAACGACUCCAGCGACGACGCUGAAGGGGUGGCCCCUCGCUUGCUCUCCCUCCCUAACGACGUCGAACAGGAAACAAAGAAACCCAGUGCGAUCAACAUGACGCAAUGCUACUUCUUUGACUACGAUGAGGAGGUCAAAAAGAGAAGAGACCCGUCGAGGGUGGUAAUUGACGUCGUGCAGAUUCUUCGAAUUCCGGAGGAAGAUAUCGCCUUCAAUCAGUGAUCGAUGAACAUGGCCAUCCUUGCAGGCCUCGAUGCG